UCAAAUCUUAGGAAAUGGAAAAUGAGAUUAUCAACUUCAUUAAUGUAUGGCUCACAGUCUGUGCAUCCCUCUGCUACUGCUACCUCAUCGGAAAAAAUGUCCGCCCCGGUGGCCGCCGCCUGAUUUCCAUCUUCCCCGUCGUCUGCCUCUUCCUCUACCUCCCGCUCCGCCUCUCCUCCGCCCAUCUCGGCGGCCCCACCGCCUUCUUCAUCGCCUGGCUCGCCAAUUUCAAGCUCCUCCUCUUCUCUUUCGCCGGAGGCCCUCUAUCUUCCGAUCCCCCUCUCCCUCUCCGGCGAUUUCUCGCCGUUUCCUGUUUGCCGAUCAAGAUCCAACGAAACCAUCUUCAAAUUUCCCAAAAUGGAGAAAACACAUCUCCGAAAUCGAGCCCUAAUGCCCCCCAAAUCGAAACCCCACUACCCUCAAAAUCGUUCCUCAGCUACGCGAUUAAAGGUUUUCUAGUGGCGUUAAUGGUGAAACUCUACGAUUACAGCGAAUUUAUGCAUCCGAAACUUGUUAUGUGCAUCUAUAGUUGGCACAUUUACUUUCUCCUCGAAAUAAUCCUCGCCGCCGCGAAAUUCCUCGCCCGGAAUCUCCUCGGAGCCGAGCUCGAGCCGCAGUUCAACGAUCCGUACUUCUCCACUUCGCUCCAGGAUUUUUGGGGACGGAGAUGGAAUCUGAUGGUGACGGGCAUUUUGAAUCCGACGGUGUACAAGCCAACGAUCCGGCUGGCGGCCCCCGUCGUCGGCCGGAAGUGGGCGCCGCUGCUGGCAGUGCUCGCGACGUUUUUCGUGUCGGCGAUGAUGCACGAGCUGAUCUUUUACUACUUGGGCCGGAUGAGGCCCGAUUGGGAGGUGUCGCGAUUCUUCGCCGUCCAUGGGGUGGCUCUGACGGUGGAGAUUUUGGCGAAGAAGGCGUGGCCGGAGAAGUGCCGGCGGGUGCCGGCGGUGGUUUCGGUGCCGUUGACGGUGGGGUUCGUGUUCGUCACCGGAAUUUGGAUGUUCUUCCCGCAGUUCGUCCGGUGUGGGAUCGACGUCAAGGCGUUCGCCGAGUACGCGGCGGUGAGCGAUUUUUUCACAAAGCGCCUCUUUCUCAUCGGCGAGUUGAUUUGAUUUUCUGACCACAGAAACGGUUACAACUUACAGUACGUCGUGUAAUAAAACUAUUUUUUUCGGUCAUAAGUUUUAGAAAUUUAAAUUUUGACUUUUCUCUAGCAGAAUUUAACCUA